GGGAACUUGGGGAGCGAGCUAUGGCACUCACUUGGGGUCGGUCCUGCAUGAGCUGGCUCACACCCUAGACCUAGGACACACUCCACAUGGCAUCAUGGCCAGAGGCUUUGAGGAUCUCCAUGUUUUCUUUACCACCACUAAACUAACUUCAGAUUAUCUCCCACAAUCACCCCACCACAGCUCUGUGAUGAGGCAGUCUAUGUCAAGCUCACUGAUCAAGGAAUCUGUGACAUUCACAACUGACUUUGUGCGAAGAAUUCCUCUUGACAAUAUUAACAUGACUGUAGCACCACCUAAGGAGCCCAUAGCCUCAAGUGGAGUUUACAGCCCGCCACGGUUCACAAGGAGAUACCCAUCAAAGACCCUUGACUCCAGUACUGGCUCCACACUCAGUAUUGAGGACUCGCUGUCAUCUUCCCAGACACACAAAAACACUUGUAGCCGUCCUCUGCUAAAUUCCCCCUCACCAAAUCUAACGAACAGCUUAGCUAACAACAAUAAGCUUCAGGAACCUGAUGGAAGCAAAUGCAGGGCUUUUUGGGCAAGGUCGAGUGCUGUUAUCCUCGCAUUCCACAAAUCUGUUGUGUGCAGUACAGCUGGUAUACGGGUAGUAGAAUUGCGUGACCUCCACACCAUGGCUUUCCACCACUGGGAAUUUGUCACUCGACCCCCGCCACCAGUUCUGCACUUGCCUUGGGCACAGGUGGCACACUGGCCUUCAGAUACACAUAUUGAGGUUGUGGCAGAGGACAGUCAAGGAAAUAUUCUCAAGGGAUGUUUCAUGCCACGCCCCCUCUGAGGUGAUUUCCUUUUUAGUAGUUAAUUAGCUGAUAGUUGUAAACCUGCAUUUAUCUCUCCUGAAAGUGUACUGCAAGGGUAUCAGUUUUGAUGAAGUUUCAUCACCUAAUUAUUAACAUAUACCUGCAACUCCUUGAUUUAUUAAUUUUGAAUGCGGUUUAUGUGGUGGUGAUCAAAUUGUGCUUAUAAUAUCUCAGAGAGAAUCUCAUCUUGAAAAUACUUAAAAGCUACUAGUUUAGCACUCACAUAGUUAGUUCCUGUCAUGAUACAUGUGGUUGACUGUGAAGUGAGUACUUGCUAAAGGAAAUUUGGAAGUCAUUAAUAAGCUGAUGGAAUGCAUGUAUGCUGCCACUGCACCCUGAUUACCUUAGUCCUAACUAAGGUAUGUCAUUUCUGUAUUAUAUCACUUUUAGUUUGUUACAGAUUUUUUCCAAAUACCUUUCCAGAUGCUUUUCCCUUGUUCUUUUUUAUCACUAUAAAAAGAAAGUUGUGUAUACUUUAAUCCAGACUGUGACAUACAUAUUUUACCAUAGUGAAAAUCUCAUUUACUCUAAUUUUUAAAUAUUUUAUUUGUUUAAUGGAAAAAGGAGAAAAAGAUCAUAUGAUUUUUAUAUGCAGUGAAUUUUUAUUUUCUUGAAUGUUGAAAGAUAUUUAUUAUUUUAGAGAAUUGUCUGUAAACCCUAAGCAAAUGAAACAAAAUCUUCAUUUGCUUUGGAUUAACACAGACUUUACUCAUAUAUAGUUUUUGUAAGUGUUUGAUCUCAUUUAGAUUGUCAAUUGCCUUGUAAAGUUCUAAUAUUGUAUUGUGAAAUAUUUCAUUUGAACAUUUAAGCAAUAUUAUUAGUGCUUAUUGCCAGACAUAUUAUUAUGGUUUUCCACUGUAGUUUAUAAGAGAGGAAAGUCUGCAAUAAAACAUUUUUAGGUAUUAUAUUUUCUAAAUAGAUAUUUGCUCAAAUAAACAAAGUAGGUGAUUUUUUGCGGUGGGUUAAGAGUAAGUGCUUAGGUUAAUUAUCUCUGGUUCUUAGGACACUAUAGGAGCUUUUUUCCCCCAGAAGGGAAUUUUCAUAGGUAAAGUUUCAGAUGCUUUUUGUUUUUCACAUACUGGUUUAGCAUGUUUUAAGAAAUCAGGAUAUUUACCUUCUCAUUGGAAGAAAUAAGAAAGCUUCCUUUAGCAGUCAAAAAGUGCUUUAAUAUGCAGUGAUUUAUCAUAAGUUAGAGACUAUUAUCAUUGUUAUUUAUUUAACAAGACUUUGUUCUUAACUAUGACUGUGUACCAGUAUUUGGAAGUGAAUGGCCAUUACAUUAGAUGCCAUCAGAGACCAGUUUUUAUAGCAAAUUAUGGAACUGCAUGUUGGAAAAUUUUAAAUAAUAUUCAUCAUGUAUUACCUGGCACCAUAUUUGUGAUUUUUAUGUACAAAGAGUUUUGUGUUUCUGUUUCAAGUGCUCACAAUGUGUAAUAGACAGAAAGCGUUUAGUUUUCUUCCUGCCAUACUUUGCUGCUCUCAUAUAACAUUCAUGCUUGAAAAUUCAACUGCAAGUUGCUCCAAGUAUGAUGUUUUCCAUGUCUCAUUGGAUGCUAAAAGGCUACAUAUAUUACCAUUUACAUAGUGUUCCAGUUAAAUAUUGUUUAUUUAAUAUUGUGGUACGACUUGUCUUGAUGAAGUGCAGGAAUGAACUUUUUUGCAAAUGGCACUUUUUUAGAUGCUACAUUUAGUGAAAGUAUAUUUUGGCUAUUUAUUUAUCAUCCUAGGUUUAGAAACUGUAUAUUGCAGCUUUGUUUUCCAAUAUAUCUUUCUUAACAAAAGCAAACAAAGUGCCUAACAGAAAAUAGAUUUUCAUGGUUCAUGUAAAAAUUUAAUUUGAUUUUAAUGUUCACAGCCAUGUUUUACAAGGUACAAAGAUAUUUUAGAAGCAUGAAAAGUUAGGAAAAGUGUGUGUUUGUGUGUGUGUGUGUGUGUGUGUGUGUGUGUGUGUGUGUGGGUGUGUGUGUGUGUGUGUGUGUGUGUGUGUGUGUG